CGUCUUCCAAACCGCAUCACGUCAGUUUAACCCACAGGACAUCCUUACGCUCAAAGUCGGACAAAACAGCUUUCACAUCCAAACAAUACGAUUCCUUUCCACCCAGGCCCCCUCCGCUCUUCUGCCCUUUUUUCAUCGUCUCCAAUAAUAACAGCAGCACCCUGUAAUAAAAAGAAAAACGAUGUCGUCUCUGAAAGUUUCCUCCGUCGAUCUCCAAACCCAGCAGCAACAACAACCAUGCUCCGGUGCAGGAAAUGCCUAUGAUGGCAUUUACAACACAGUUGCGGAAGGUGGAUGGUAUAUACUAGGUGAAGAUCAACAACAGGUUGGACCUUAUGUGUUUUCCGAGCUACGUGUUCUACCAGUAACCAAUAGCAAGGUUUCAGGACAAUUGUUUCACCUGUAACAUGUUCACUUGGUCUAAUGAGCUAUUGAACCAUCUCCUUUGCUUAUUUGCUUCGCCUGGACAGAGCAUUUCUUGAAUGGGUAUCUCUUAGAAAGUACACUGGUGUGGUCUGAAGGAAGAAGUGACUGGCAGCCAUUGUCCUCAAUCCCUGAGUUGAUGUCAGGAACUUCUCAACAGGGAUCUGAUUAUUCCAGGGCAGCACUCUUUUACAAUGAUAACGAGGGGGAGAAGUUGCAGGAGGUCAGAGAGGCCACUUUGGUAUCUGUUGGAUUGAGAAAUGGUUCCCAUUCUAACAAUGAACAGAAAGCCAAUUAUUCUACUUUAGUGUCUUCCAACGAUGAUGAAGAUGAGUUUGAGAAAUGGCAAAGGGAGGUAAAAGAGGCAGAAGCUGAGGCAGAAAGGUUAAAAAAUGGAUCUCUUCCUGGCAACACUGGAGACGAUUUUGGGAUAGAUGAUUCUGAUAGGAUUCUGUCACCACCAGAUGGUGAGGAUGAAUUCACAGAUGAUGAUGGGACUACAUACAAGUGGGAUAGAAGCCUUAGAGCCUGGGUUCCGCAGGAUAAUCUAUCAAGUGUAAGUGAGCAGUAUGGGGUAGAACAGAUGACUUUCCAUGAACAAGAGGAGGUAUUUCUGAAUGUAAAUGCUGCUGAUGCCUCUUUGAAGAAUGAAGCCAAUGGUACUGGUGAAGUAGUAGAAUCACAACGUAGUGACAAGAGGAAAUUACAGGAUGAGCAAGCUGAUAAGGACAAGCAAGCUGAUAAGAAGGAAGCCAAUAAGGCCCCUGAUAGUUGGUUUGAAUUGAAAGUCAAUACGCAUGUUUAUGUAACUGGGUUGCCUGAUGAUGUCACUGCUGAAGAAGUGGUAGAGGCAUUUUCCAAGUGUGGGGUAAUUAAGGAGGAUCCUGAAAAAAAAAAGCCUCGCGUGAAGAUCUACGUUGACAAAGAGACUGGAAGAAUAAAGGGAGAUGCUCUAGUUACAUAUUUGAAGGAACCCUCAGUUGAUUUGGCUAUGCAAAUUUUGGAUGGGACACCUUUGCGACCUGGGGGCACAAUUCCUAUGUCGGUCACCCGAGCCAAGUUUGAGCAGAAAGGGGACAGAUUUAUAACCAAACAAGUAGACAACAAGAAGAAAAGGAAGCUGAAAAAGGUUGAGGACAAGAUACUUGGUUGGGGUGGCCGUGAUGAUGCCAAGGUGUCGAUUCCAGCCACUGUAGUUCUUCGCCAAAUGUUCACUCUUUCUGAAAUGAGGGCUGAUGAAAGCUUACGUUCAGAACUUGAGGUAGAUGUUAGAGAGGAAUGUGCGAAGCUUGGUCCAGUUGAUUCUGUCAAGGUCUGUGAGAAUAAUCCACAUGGUGUUGUUUUAGUGAAAUUUAAAGACAGAAAGGAUGCUCAAAGUUGCAUAGAAUUGAUGAAUGGGCGAUGGUUCGGUGGAAGACAGAUAGAUGCUAGCGAGGAUGACGGAUUAAUUAAUCAUGCUUUGGUCCGGGAUCAUGAUGAGGAUGCAGCUCGAUUGGAGCAGUUUGGCGCGGAACUUGAAGCUGACUGAAUUAACUUUGAAGCUGCAGUUACACUGCUAUGUGUUCCUGAUGUUAAUUUUUACCAAAAUAGAAGUUGAUAUCCAUGAUAAAGAGACAAAAAAGGAGGGGGGCAGAAAAGCUUCUGAUGUGAUUUCUGAUUGUAAAUGAUAGUGAUGUUUUUUAAAAUGGAUGCCGUGUUUAAAGCUCAGCUUUUUCAAUGGCUUGUCUCUCAUAAAA